AUUUCUAACAGUAUGAUAAUUGGUAUCAGAACGUAAUCAUAGGAAAAAUUUAGUUUUCUUGAACAAUUUGAAAAGAAACCAAAAUCUUACAUUUUUUGACUGGAAUUUGUGAAUAGUUUUGCGAUGACGAAAGCAAUGCUAGCACACAUCCUAAUAUUCACUGCGAUAAUAGGUGUAGCAUUGACAUUGCAACUUGAAGGAUUGUCGACGAAAAAGCCCAGACUGACCAAAUACACUAUGAAACCAACGUUGGAUUCGGGAACGUCCUUACCAUCCACAGUAUCAAUGUAUCGUAUAAACAACACUAAUGGUGCCACUUGUAUAUUGAUUCGUACUGAUGCCCUUCUCAGUGUAUCUUAUCGUGACAAAUUAGGCGAAGACAAAGAGUUAGAUAUUUAUCUGCCCGACUAUCCCGAACUAUGGGGCACGUGUGAAGACGACCAGAGUAGUAUCUCUUUGAAGACAAAGGACUUUGUUCUGGAAAUAGAUUUUAAGAAAACACCUGGCGGUGAACGAUGGUAUGUAAGCUACGUCGAAGUAUCGUAUUCAUCGUCGAAUCCGAAAUUCGAGCAUAUCGAUCGACCAGGCUUGAAGGUAAAAUUGUCCACACCGCCGAAUACGUUACUAUUCGGAACACCUGUCGGUAAGUCGUAUACGUGCGACCAGGAGAAAAUUAUCACAAUGUUUUCGCAGGAUGAAAACGACAAAUCCGGUCAUUUAGCUAAGUUAUACCUAAGGGAGUUGAGAAUGCAGAGCUUCAUGUUCAAGGCAGCAAACACUUGGGGACCAACGUUUCAAUGCAGUGCCACAGGAACAUAUCGAGACGAGACUGCUCCCAUUGCGGUCGGUUCCGCAUUGGCCAUUGUCACUUUAUGUUCCGUUACAGCAUAUGGUAUUUGGAGGUACAUGAAAAUCAAAAAUGUUCAGUAUGGAGCAAUGGAGUAAAGGAUUGCUUGUGUGGCGUGGUAGCCAAACAAAAAACAACAUUUCUUAUUGUUAAGAAUUUACUGUUGUCUAUAUCAGUAUACAUACCAGACAUUUAAUUAGUCGAAGUAAGGUAAAAAUUUGUUGAAAUUUUUUAUUUUUAAACAUAUUGGCACGGAUGUGUACUUUAAAUCUGUCGGCUACGUUAUUUGCAUUUAUUCUCAAAUUUUAUUCACAAAUAUUUUCCGUAUAGAAAUUAUAAGAGUUAUAAGGUGAAUGAUGGGUGAAGCUAAAUUGUUGUAAAUAUAUUAAAAGUCAACGAUGAUCGUGGGGAAAAACAACUGGAUCAAAUCGACUCCCAAACAUAAUCCAAACUCCUUUCAUUUAUCCGAAAGUCAAUUGAAUCGUAAAGUUGAAUGCCAAUUACCUUGCCCUUAUUUACCUUCCGAUUUUGUCAACUUAACUGAAGAUUUGAUCGAAGAGGAGAACUAAGCCUUCUAUUUGAGGAAAUGGGAUCAAAAUCUGAUCCACUAGUUCCCCUAGUUGUUAUCCCCUCGAUGAUGAUGAUGGGGUGAAACACUCCAUCCACAAUUUUGAAGGUACAUAUCACUGUAACGAACGUUUAGUGCUGUGCUUGUAUCUCCAAUUAACUUAAAGAUUUGGUGAUAUUUCAAUGUUACCGGUUAACAGCAUCGUCAUGCUCUGAAUACAAUACUCAUAAGGCUUCCUAUAACUUGAGAAAGUUGGUUUCGCCAGAUUCGAUAGUCAGAAUCCACUGAUUUUCACCCAUUUUACGAUUGAAUUGAAGAUAAACUGCAUCAGGACGAAAAUGGAAAAGAUGUUGCUUGAGACUUCCGUUGUCAUAAAAUUUAUAUGAUGAGAAGAUGCGGUAUAACAUGCUAAACUUUGUUUUAUAUAAUAAAGUGUCAGCUACGCUAAUCUCUGUUGAUAUGAUACAGCAGGACGAAACCAGUAAUCGCCUAGAAAUAAACUACCCUUGAAGAAUGGUGUGGCAUAUUUAAAUGAACUUAAAUUCUUAAAAUUCGGUAACUCUAGUUGCUCAUUGGAUCGCCAAAGAAAACUACUUCAAAUUUGUCAAAAGUUAAACCGUACAAAAAAAUGGAAAAUUUGAAAAAUGUCUCAUUCGUGUUGCUAUACGUGUACCUAGAGCAAAAACAGCUGACGAAUCCACAGGUGUUUGUCGUAUUAAAGAUUCCGAUUCCGAGAAGUGUUCUUUAAUUACAGCAAUUUCCACGAGUUUAAGUUCAUUCAAAUAGGUCUCAAUGGUACCGAGCACUGCAGUAAAUAUUUGCGUACCUUCAAUUUUGAAUAAAUUAAUAAAUUGGUAAAGCGACUAGGGUCUAAAAGUUCUAAAGCUCAAUUGCUUAUACAUAUCGCCUCGUGUGGUCUUUAAACCAAAAUGAUUUGGAGAUCACAUCCGGCAAAUUAAAGAGCAAAUUGAGCAAACAUUUUAGUGUUAAGAGAGAAAAUUUGAAAUUUAAUUAUAGUUGAAAACUGAUCCAAACCGAAAAUCUAACAAAACAAUUUAGACAUAUCAAUGGACAUCCUAAUUUAAAAUUAAUUCCGAAAGAGAAUAUUGAUAGAGAACGUAUAGAGUAAAAGCAUUCAACAAAAUCGAUCCAUAUCCUAAAAUAGAGAGAGUUAUGUGUAUGAAGAAAAGAAAUAUUUAAAAUUUAAAAAAUUGAUUGUUGUAAUCAAAGAGAUAUUUUAUAAAAUAUGAAUUCAAGUCUUCCAUUUUCAUUUAAAUGAACAAUAGUCUAUAAGGUAGCCAGAAAUGAUGAGUGUAUAAAUGUUGAUUUACGUAGAGAAAUGUGAAGAAAAUGUAAACUCAAGAUAAUGUUUUUAAUAAUAAUAUGGUGGCCACUCUUGAUUGAUGGCCAUCAUUAAAUUUUGCCGUAUUAAGCUAAAACACCGUAUCGCAAUUGUGUCUUUGCUUUUAAAAAGCUUUCGAGAGCUUUAAGCUUUUUUAUUUAUUCCACCUAAAUAUUCAACUUUUUCGAUUGAAUCCAAAAUGAGCUCAAAGCGUUUGAAAGCUCUUCAAAGCACACAAGCAUAGCGAUACUGUGUUUC